AGUGAAGAGACUUGACGUUUGUAUGAUUUGUCAUGAAAGGUUAGGUUAGAAUUCCCUAAAUUUUUACAGUGUUUACGUUUUUAUCUAUAUUUUCUUACAAAUUCAAUUUAUUAACGUGAUAUUUAAUAUAAAAUUAAUAUGUUUGGAAAUAAGAAACAUAAUUUACCACCUAGACCUAAUUUUCCGAAUCCUGAGCAUAUGUUAGAAGAUCUUUCCAACGCAUCGGCGGAUGAUGUUGCAUUUAAAGUAGUGAAUAAAGAUGAAAUCCAAACAGAAAAUUUAUAUAUUUUGUCUAAUGACGAUAAUUCCGAGGACAUUUACAAAAAAGUAAAAAUUUAUUUGAACGUUAAAGAACAAUUGAAACAAUUGGGAACAAUUUUAAAAAGAGAACAAGAACAAUUACAAAUGGAUAACGAAGAAAUAAGGGCACUUGCAGAUAGCAUCAGAAAACAGGCACAAGCUGCUCUUAUAACGUGAUAUGUAUCUUCUAUUAAUAAAAUAAUUUAUAGACUG